AUGGCGGCCACCCAAGACACCCUUGCUGCCGCCCUGUCCUCUACCGUCUCCCCAGACGCCCAAACCCGCAGAUCUGCUGAAGAAUGGCUUCGGAACGGAGAGAAACAGCCUGGAUUCUUGUUGCUCGUCCUCGACUUGAUCAAAUCGGACGCUGCCGAUGCUAUCGUCAGGCAGGCAGGCAGUGUUUUCUUCAAGAACACUGUCAAGAGAUUAUGGUCCGGUGACGAAGAAACGCAAAUUACACCUGGUGACAAGGAGAGUGUCAAAUCUCAGCUCGUCCCUAUCAUGAUCGCUCUGGGAACUCCCCAGACUGCCAGGAUUCAAAGCCAAAUCGGAGAGGGUCUGAGCCACAUCGCAUCGCUCGACUUCCUCACUCAGUGGGAAGGCUUGUGCGAUGAGUUGGUCAGUUCGUUAACACCCGACAACUUUGUCAUCAACAACGGUGUUCUGGCCACAGCUCACUCCAUCUUCAAGAGGUGGAGAUCAAUGUUCCGUACCAACGAACUUUACUCCGAAAUCAAUUUUGUUCUCAGCCGUUUCUGCGAGCCUUAUUAUGGGCUUUUCCAACAUGUUGACAGGCUUCUCCAGACACCUGCCGCCUCCCUCCCUCCCAACGCCUCCCUCCCUCUCCUUUCACAGGCCCUCCUUCUCCUCGUCCAACUAUUCCAGGACUUGUCCAGCCAGGACUUGCCUCCCUUCUUUGAGGACCACAUGGCCGAGUUUAUGGGCGGCGGAGACCAACCUGGAUGGUUGAGAAAGUACCUUGACUGGGAGGUUGAAGAGCUCAAGGGUGACGAUGAUGAUGAGGCGCCAGGACCCUUGCAAAAGAUCCGCGCAUCCAUCUGCGAAAUUGCCGAGCUGUACGCCCAGAAGUACUCGGACGUCUUUACACAGCUUGGAAGUUUUGUCGAUGGUGUUUGGAACAUGUUGGCUCGUGUGGGUGCUGGUACUAGGGAAGAUGUGCUCGUUUCUCGAGCUCUCCGAUUCUUGUCUGUCGUCGUCAAGAUGGGCAACCACCAAGCUAUGUUUGCUGCCCCCGAGACCUUGAGGGCGUUCGCCGAGAAGAUCAUCUUGCCCAACAUGGCUAUCCGAGAGCAUGAGGAGGAGAUGUUUGAGGACGAUCCCAUGGAGUACAUUCGACGAGACCUUGAACCCUCGACGGACAGCGACACGAGGCGUCAAGCAGCUACCAACUUCACCCGAGCCCUCAUGGAGUUGUUCGAGAAGGAUGUGACCGACAUCAUCAAGGGUUACAUCACUGCGUUCCUGCAAGAGUAUUCCCAAAACCCUGCUCAUAACUGGAAGGCAAAGGACACCGCCAUCUACUUGUUGACCUCGAUUGCUUCUCGAGGCUCUACUCAACAACUAGGUGUCACUUCUACCAAUGUCCUUGUUGACGUCGUCGAGUUCUUUGGCCAGAAUGUGUUCUCAGAUCUUCAGGCUGCUUCUGGGUCGGUCCACCCGAUUCUCACUGUCGAUGCCAUCAAGUUCCUGUACACCUUCCGUAACCAGCUUACUAAAGAGCAGCUGGUCUCUGUGCUCCCCCUUCUUGUACAGCACCUCGGUUCCGAUAACUACGUCAUCUCUUCGUAUGCUGCUAUCACCAUUGAGCGAAUCUUGUUCAUCAAGGUUGAGAGGCAGGCCUUGUUUACGCAGGCUGAUGUUAGGCCGUUUGCCGAGAACAUCCUCAUGGCUUUGUUCGGGAACAUCGAGAAGGGCACCACACCCGAGAAAGUUGCCGAGAACGACUACUUGAUGAAGUGCGCGAUGCGGGUCAUCAUCACCGCCCGCCAAUCUCUCACUCCCUCUUACCAGGGUAUCCUCGAGCGCCUCGUCUCUAUCCUUGGCAAGAUCAGUCAGAACCCCAGUAACCCAAAGUUCAACCAAUACUGCUUUGAGAGUGUUUCGGCCUUGAUCCGUUUCGUCUGCGAGGGUACUCCUUCAGCAUUGCCGACUUUCGAGGCUGCGUUGUUCGGUCCUGCUCAGGUCAUCUUGACCACCGAUGUCACCGAAUUCAUCCCCUAUAUCUUCCAGAUCCUCGCUCAACUCCUCGAGCUUCACCCCACCACCGAAUUCCCGGACGCUUACAAUGCUCUUACCGGACCCCUCCUUACCGCUGCGCUUUGGGAGCAACGAGGAAACAUUCCUGCGUUGGUCAGGAUCUGGAAGGCUCUUCUCUUGCGUGGCGCUCCCGCCAUCGCGCAGAGCGGUCAAGUCCAGGGACUUUUGGGUAUCUUCCAGCGACUUGCACCCAGCAAGGUCAACGACGUGUAUGCUUUCGAGCUUGUCCAAGCCUUGUACGAACACGUACCUCUCAACAUCAUGCAGCCCGCUUCCAACAGCGUUUUCGUCAUUCUCCUCAACAGGCUGCAAAGUAAACCAUCUGGCCAGUUCAACCACUGCUUUGUCUACUUCUUUGCGUACCUGGCCAACUUGGACAACGUCGGUAUCGACUUCUUGGUGCAGGUCUUGGACGGCAUUCAGCCCGGGCUGUUUGGUAACCUCCUCACUGGUGUUAUUCUCGCCAACACCCAAAAAGUCACAGUUCGCCACCGAAAGCUCGUAGAAAUCGGUCUCAUCAAGACUCUGUCUAAAAGCGACGCCCUGAUUUCUACCCACAAGCAAUACUGGCCCUCUGUCCUUUUGGCUCUCUUGGACCUCUUCACACUUCCUCAAGAUAUCACCUACACCAACCCCGAAGGUUCAGGCGAUAUCACCGAGCUCGACCCCGAAGAGGCUGGCUUCCAAUCCAGUUUCUCCAAGCUGGGCGCCAGUGAAAAGAGUGUCAACGACCCUACAGCGAAUAUCGGCGAUACCAAGCUGUUUGCCGCGAAGGAGCUUGCUAGAAGGUCCGGUGAGAAGCCUGGUGUGCUGGGACCCCUCAUGGAGGCCGCACAGAAGGAGGAGCAGACUACGGUCUCGAGUUUUGUUCAAUAUAUGGCAUCUAAUGGUAGCACGAUAGCAUAUACGUUUUCAAUUUCUUAA